AUGUGCCCUCACCAUGGAAUGGAACGAGAUUACCUCCUAUCUAUCUUCAUUCAUGGAUUAAAGGAUGACACUCGAUCAUGGAUCGAUGCGGCAUGUGGGGGUGACAUCUAUGACAUCCCUUUUCAAGAGCUAGAAGCAACAAUUGCAAAGUUGGCCAAAGGACGAUGCCAUACAUCAAAUGAGUUCAGUAGGAGGGGCUCAACAAAGGGAGAUGCGGGAGAAGGAGCAACACUCAAGGCCGUGUUAUCUGAACUUGCUGAGAUACAGAUACAACUUGCAAACAGUAAGCAAGUAGCAGCUAUAGAGGAGCCAAGUUUAGCACAAAUCCAACCGGGGAUGUAUUUGGUCAAUCAAGAAGCGGAGGAAGCCAAUUAUGUUGGUCCAAACCAAUACAACCAUCCUUCCAACCUAUACCAUUCUGGGUUAAGGAACCACCCAAACUUCUCCUACAAGAACCAAACAAAUGCAAUGAACCCGCAAUCGACAUUUCAAUGGAGCAACCAAGGACCCCCGGGUUUUCAAUCUAAGUUCCAGCAACAAGUCCAAGGAAACCAAGGUUAUCAAGGAACAUCGAACUAUAGACAACAACAAGAGCAACCAAAAGAUCAAGAUCCCGAGAUCAAGAACAUGCUGAUGCAAAUUCUCCAAGGGCAAAAGUCACAAGGAAUCUCUAUCGGAAACAUCGAGAAUGAGCAAAUUGUAUUCAAAAAGCAAUUGGAAGGAGUACAAGCUCAUUUAAAGAUUUUGGACAACCAAGUGGCACAACUCUCAUCUUCCUCGUCGAGACAACAAGGUACUCUUCCGGGAAAGAUUGAAGUGAACCCUCGAGAGCACAUUAAUGCAGUGGAAUUGAGAAGUGGAAAGCAACUCCCGGAAAUCGGUCCACCCAUGAGCGAAAAAUCACCAACACCAAGGCUAACAAGGGAAGAGAAAGGCAAAGCGGUGGAAGAAGGCAACUCCACGACAAACACCCAGGAAAAGGAGCCGGCCUACAUUCCUCCACCACCUAAGGUACAUCCAAUCCCUUUUCCCUCUCGUUUGAAAAAGUUCAAUGAGGAAAGUCAGUUUGGAAAGUUUGCGGAGAUGCUGAAAAAGAUGGAGAUUACGAUGCCAUUCCAUGAAGCGAUUCUCCAAAUGCCUUCCUAUGCAAAGUUUCUAAAGGAUAUUUUGACUAAGAAGCGAGUGGUAGAAAAGGAAACGGUGGCCUUAAGCACUGAAAUCAGUGUCGCCAUUACAAGACAUGAGCUCCCUCCGAAGAUGUCGGAUCCGGGAAGCUUCUCCAUACCUUGCAAGUUGGGCAACAUCGAGAUAGAUCGAGCUCUAUGCGAUCUGGGAGCGAGUGUAAGUCUUAUGCCCUUAUCGAUCUACAAGAAGCUGAAUAUAGGGGAAUUGAAACCAACAAGAAUGGCUCUACAGUUAGCGGAUCGUUCGAUCAAGUAUCCAGCGGGGAUAGUGGAAGAUGUACCCCUGAAGAUUGGUGGAUUUUACGUUCCGAUUGAUUUCGUGGCGGCCCUCCCUAAUGUUAGGGCGACCAGUCUGAAAAUGGGGCAAUCAGGAAGUUUUACAGAAAAAAUGGGCGACCCGCUCACACAUAAGGGCGUGCGCCCUGUCAGCUCAAGUGAGUCAUGCAAUUUUGAGGCGGCCCAUCCUCAUGGUAGGGCGACCCUCCCAUUUUUUCUGAGCAAAAAUGGAGAACCAACUCAUGAAACACUCGAAGGGAACCACAAAGGCCAGAAUUUCACAGCAUACACCCUCAGUGACAUACCUCAAGGAUCUAAGAUGACUCCCUCCACUGAUUGGGACCCGGAGCAAGCACCGAAGGUGGAACUAAAGCCCUUACCACAAGGGCUUAGGUAUGUCUAUCUCGGUUCUAACUCUACAUACCCUAUCAUUGUCAAUGACUCUCUGGAUGACGUUCAAAUGGGAAAGCUGAUUGCAUUAAUCAAGCAAUAUAGGAACGUUUUAGGGUACACGCUAGAGGAUAUCAAAGGUCUUAGUCCCUCACUUUGCAUGCACCGCAUUCAUUUAGAUGAUGAGGCUAAGUCAUCCAUAGAACACCAGCGUAGACUAAACCCCACCAUGAAAGAGGUCGUUAAGAAAGAAGUGUUAAAAUUGCUAGAUGCGGGUAUCAUCUACCCGAUUUCCGACAGUACAUGGGUUAGCCCGGUUCAAGUUGUACCUAAGAAAGGGGGAAUCACAGUCAUCACCAAUGAGAAAAAUGAAUUAAUACCUACUCGGACUGUCACGGGGAUUGAAGUUGACAAAGCAAAGGUGGAAGUCAUCGAGAAACUCCCUCCACCAAUGAACAUCAAAGGCAUUCGGAGUUUCUUAGGACAUGCGGGGUUUUACCGACGAUUCAUUAAGGAUUUCUCAAAGAUAGCAAGACCCUUAACCGCACUCCUAGGAAAAGAUGUACCCUUUGUGUUUGACGAGAAGUGCAACCAAGCAUUCAAGACUCUAAAGCAAGCAUUAGUGUCACCACCGAUUAUUCAACCUCCAGAUUGGAACAUUCCAUUCGAGUUGAUGUGCGACGCUAGCGACUUCGCGGUAGGAGCUGUUCUAGGUCAAAAGAAAGAUGGAAAACACCAUGCGGUGUACUAUGCGAGUAGGACACUCGAUGAUGCUCAAAUGAACUAUUCCACCACGGAGAAAGAGCUUUUAGCGGUGGUGUUUGCCUUUGAGAAAUUCAGAUCAUAUUUGGUGGGCUCGAAAGUCAUCGUUUACACAGAUCACGCAGCUUUGCGAUAUCUUUUUACAAAGAAGGAUGCCAAACCGAGAUUGAUCCGAUGGAUACUGCUUCUACAAGAAUUCGACUUGGAAAUUCGAGACCGAAAAGGGACGGAAAACACAGUAGCCGAUCACCUAUCAAGACUAGAAGUACACGAAAGGUUGCCCAUCGAUGACUCACUGCGAGAGGAACAAGUUCUAGCUUUGGAGGUUAGUUCUGAUACCCCUUGGUAUGCUGAUUUUGUCAAUUAUUUGGUAGCCAAGGUGAUUCCCCCGGAGUUGAGCUACAGCGGAAAGAAAAAGUUUCUUCAUGAUGUUCGGGAAUACUUUUGGGAUGAACCUUUCCUCUUCAAACGGGGAAAAGAUGGAUUGUACAGAAGAUGCAUACCCGAAGAGGAGGUACGGCAAGUGAUUCACCACUGCCAUGCAUCGGAUUACGCAGGCCAUUUCGCAUCGGCCAAGACAGCUGCAAAGAUUUUGCAAGCGGGUUUCUAUUGGCCAACCUUAUUCAAGGAUGUGCAUCGGUUUGUGAGUUCUUGCGACGCUUGCCAAAGGACAGGGAAUAUUUCACGCAGAAAUGAGAUGCCGCAACAUUACAUACUUGAAGUGGAGCCGUUUGAUGUGUGGGGUAUUGAUUUCAUGGGACCGUUUCCCUCAUCUUGCGGGAACUUAUAUAUCCUUGUGGCUGUGGACUACGUGACGAAAUGGGUUGAGGUAUUAGCAAGUCCGAAGAACGACUCUAGCACUGUGACAAGGAUGUUCAAACGGACAAUAUUUCCAAGAUUUGGGGUGCCAAGAGUAGUGAUAAGCGAUGGGGGUGCACACUUUGUUAAUAGGAUAAUCCAAACCCUUUUGACAAAGUAUGGUGUCCACCAUAGGAUUGCCACCGCUUAUCAUCCGCAAACGAGUGGACAAGUGGAAGUAUCAAACAGAGAGAUCAAGUCUAUACUUGAGAAGCCGGUUGCUAAGUCAAGAAAGGAUUGGUCAUUGAAGCUAGAGGAUGCGGUUUGGGCAUACAUGACUGCCUUCAAGACCCCGAUUGGAAUGACCCCUUUUCAGCUUGUGUACGGAAAAGCGUGUCACUUACCCGUGGAAUUGGAACACAAGGCUUACUGGGCCAUCAAGACUUUGAACUAUGAUUGGAAGACGGCAGCAGAGAAACGGGUUUUAGAGCUACACCAUUUAGAGGAAAUUCGGCUAGAUGCUUACGAGAAUGCAAGGAUUUAUAAGGAGAGAGCAAAAAAAUGGCAUGACAGACAUAUCCUCCACCGCACUUUUAUGGAGGAUGAUCAAGUCCUACUUUUCAACUCGCGGUUGCGCCUCUUUCCAGGUAAGUUAAAAUCUCGUUGGUCUGGUCCUUUUAAAGUUAAGAGGGUUACUACUCAUGGUGCUAUCGAGCUCGAUGAUGGAAAGGGAAGUUCUUUCUUGGUUAAUGCUCAGAGAGUUAAACUGUACAACCCAGGAAAUGAACUCGGACCGAGAGGCACCUUAGCCCUCGUGAUUCCGUUUCACGAGUGA